CCUAUGGCACAGGUGAGAUCUCUGCAGAAAAUUAUGGCCUUUUUGUCUGCUAACAACAUAGCUGCUGUGAACAACUCUGAUACUCGCCUGGCGGGCUGCUUCCUUCUUGGUAUCCCUGGGCUGGAGGACCUACACAUCUGGCUCUCCAUCCCCUUCUGCACCAUGUAUGUAGCUGCCCUGGCAGGCAACGGCAUUUUAAUUUGUGUCAUCCUCUCCCAGCCAAGCCUGCAUGAGCCCAUGUACAUAUUCCUGUCCAUGUUGGCCAGUACUGAUGUCUUACUCUCCACAUCCACCAUGCCCAAAGCCCUGGCCAACUUCUGGCUAAGUUCUACCCACAUUUCCUUUGAUGGCUGCCUAACUCAGAUGUUCUUCAUCCACUUCCUUUUUGUGGCUGAGUCUGCAGUCCUCCUGGCCAUGGCCUUUGACCGCUAUGUGGCCAUCUGCUCCCCUUUGAGAUAUGCCACAAUCCUCACCAGCACAACCGUGGGGAAGAUCGUGGCUGCCACGCUAGCCCGCAGCUUCAUCAUCAUGUUUCCAUCCAUCUUUCUUCUCAAGCGCCUGCACUACUGCCGGGUCAAUAUCAUCGCACACACAUUUUGUGAGCACAUGGGCAUUGCCCGUCUGUCCUGUUCUGAUAUCUCCAUCAAUGUCUGGUAUGGGUUGGCAGCUGCUCUGCUCUCCACUGGCCUGGACGUCAUCCUUAUUGCUGUUUCCUACAUUCACAUCCUCCGAGCUGUCUUCCACCUCUCCUCUCAAAAUGCCCGGUCCAAAGCCCUGAGCACUUGUGGCUCCCACAUCUGCGUCAUCCUACUCUUCUACAUCCCUGCCCUCUUUUCUGUCUUUGCUUAUAGGUUUGGGGGGAGACACAUCCCACGCUAUGUCCAUAUCCUCCUGGCCAAUCUCUAUGUGGUCAUCCCACCUAUGCUCAAUCCCAUUAUUUAUGGAGUGAGGACCAAGCAGAUUAUGGAAGGGGCUAAACAGCUGUUUUCAAUUUUUGUCAAAGAAUCUAAAUAA